AUGCCAAUACCCAUCAAAACCUCGCACUCUCUGCUCCUCGCCACGGGCGAAGCGCCCGCCACAGUCCGCGUCCAAAACAUCCAAUCCACCGUCCAAGGCCCCAGCGACGCCUGGGGGCGACAAGACCGCCCCCAGCCCAUCUCCAUAUCCGUCACAGUCGGCAUGGCCCAGUCCUUUGGGCCGACGUCGACGUCGGACGCCCUCGCCCCCGACACGGUGCACUACGGCCUCCUGAGCAAAGCCGUCCUCGCGACGCUCGCACGCCUCGGCGCCCAAGGGAGCAGCGGCCGGCCGCUCACGCUGCCGAGCAUCCUGGCCGCCAUAUGGGCCGACCUCACGGGCGUCGACACCAUCCUGGCCGCCAUAUGGGCCGACCUCACGGGCGUCGACACGUCCGGCCGGCCCGGCUCGCCCGGCGGCGACGCGCAGGGCCCGCCGUUCCUGAGGCUCGGGUCCGUAAAGAGCCUCGAGGUCGAGCUUCGCCUGCCAAAGGCCACGCUGCAGGGGGCCGGCGUGUGCCUGACGGCCGCGGCCGUGUUUGCCCGCGGGGCCAUGGCGAUGCGCGGCAUGAAGCUGGCGCUCUGCGACCUGCGCAUCCCCAUUCUCAUCGGGGUGAACCCCAACGAGAGGCGCGCCAAGCAGGGUGUCGUUGCCAACGUCGAGGUGGAGCGGCUCGACGAAGCCCGUGAUUGCUACUGCCCCCUGGAAGACGUGAUAGCCAAGGCAAUGACGAACUCGUCCUUUGAGACUAUCGAGGCACUGCUGGCGGAUAUGGCCCUGCGUAUCACGACGUACUUGGUCCAGAAUCACGACCCGCCGGCGGAUGGGGAGGGCUGGCAGCUCAGGAUUGCGGUUGAGAAGCCCAUUGCUGUGGUGUUUGCGGAUGCCCCGUGUGUGGAGUUGCGCAUAAAUACAAAUGACGUCUUGCUCGGAAAGGACGUGGUUGCGCGGUGA